AUGAAGACAAGACGAUUGUAUGGUGUCACAUUGACCUUAUUCUUCGUUUGUGCCGUAAACGCAGAUUACGGCCAUUCCGGAUGCGGUAGUCCGUCCUACCUCAACAGUAAUUACGGUCGUAUCCUCUCUCAGAGCGGGUAUGGAUCGUCAAGCUCCGAAUAUGGAAACAAUAAAGACUGCACGUGGAGGAUCAAUGCUCCUACUGGCAAGGUCAUCAGACUGACCUCGACACAUUUCCACUUAGAAGCUGACAAUCAAUGUAGCUAUGAUUUUCUGGCGGUGUACGAUGGUACAUCGUCCCGGGCCAAGCUGAUCGGAAAAUUUUGUGGUACACAAUCAAUUAGCGUGGUAUCGUCGGGGACACAUCUGUUUCUCGAAUUCAUCUCGGACGACAGUGUCAGCUAUGCUGGAUUCCAGCUGAACUACAGAUUUAUUCAGUCCACCUCUUCCUGUGGAGGAACAGACCACAUGUGUCCUAACCACCAAUGUAUACCUCAUAGUUACCUCUGUGACGGUGAUAACGACUGCGGGGAUCACAGUGACGAAGCUUCCUGUUCUAGCUCUGGGGCAGCGAAUUGCGACUCUGAUGAGUUCGCCUGUCCCGAUCACUCUUGUAUCCCGAAUUCUUGGAAAUGUGAUGGCGACAACGACUGUGGCGAUAAUUCUGAUGAAAGAAAUUGUGGAGUGACCACGUCACCAACAUCUGGUUCCGGUGUUUUUACACCUGUAGGUGAUUCCGGCUGUGGCAACAAGGCGGACAACAAUGGUACUUCCGGUAGUUUCAGCAGCAAGAAUUACCCUAAUGAUUACUCGCCUAGUAUGUCAUGUCGCUGGGUAAUCAACGUUCCAGCCGGAAAGUUCAUUCAGCUGACGUUCAACAGCAAUUUUAAGGUGGAACCAACCACUGGAUGUACCUAUGAUAAAGUGACGGUAUAUAAUGGAGGUUCACUCACAGUCAUAGGGCAAUAUUGUGGAAAUUCAGCGCCAGCACCAGUCGUUGUCGAUAGCAACCAUGCCGUAGUUGUGUUUACGUCAGACUCUAGUGACCAAUACACAGGAUUUCAAAUCAACUGGUCAGCAGUUGACGCUGUAUCCUCCGUCACCACUGUACGACCAGGAUCUGCGAGCUCAUGUACAAGGGAUAUCCACUUUAACUCCCAGGGAGUGAUCACAAGUCCGGGAUUUGGACUCCAUAGUAACUAUCCGGCAGACAGUCACUGUAUCUGGAGACUGUUUGCACCAUCCGGAAAUGUAAUCCGACUCCACUUUAAUAGUUUUGGACUUGAAGGAGGGCGUUCAUGCCCGUUUGACGCCGUCCAUAUUUUUGAUGGUUCAUCAUCUUCAGGAACCGAGCUAGCAAAUUUGUGUGGAAAUCACAUACCAAGAGAUGUUCUCUCCAAGACAAAUGUCGUGUUUGUUAGCUUUAAUUCUGACGGUGAUACCCAGGAUAUAGGUUUUAACGCCACUUAUACCAUGGAAAAAGUACAAGCGUCUCCGGUAACGCAGUUGACUGACGCGGCAUGUCAUGGCUUGACUGCGCCGACGCUUAACAGCACUUCCGGUGUGAUUCUUUCGGAGGGGCGUGCAGAAGGCCACCGUUACCCUGAUAACUUGAACUGUCGUUGGGGCAUUAAUGCACCGCCUGGCAAAGUCAUCACCCUUACCUUUAAUGAUUUCGACUUGGAGAAGGACACCAAUUGUCAUUAUGACUAUCUGAAACUAUAUGAAGGCUCUUCGGCGCAUGCGCAACUAAUGGGAACUUAUUGUGGAAUUACAUAUCCAAGUAAGAUCACUUCCGCCGGAAACCAAUUGUACAUCCGGUUUCACACAGAUGACAGCGAGGGAGCUGCUGGUUUCAACAUUACAUACACCAUUCAUGAUCCCGUGCCCACAUGCUCGCCCACACAGUUCACCUGCUCCAACGGAAAGUGCAUAAGCCAAAGUGCCGUUUGUGACAAGCACGACGAUUGCACAGAUGGAAGUGACGAAAACCUUUGUGGUAAUAGUACUACAUGCGGAAGACCUGCCAUUACGCCAUCACUAGGAAACAACAAAAUCGUUGGAGGAAAGGAAGCUACCCCAAACAGCUGGCCUUGGCAAGGAUCGCUGACUUUCGGAUCCUUCCAUGAGCAUCUUUGUGGAGCCACUUUAAUUAGUCCGAAUUUCGCCAUCACAGCGGCCCAUUGUUUUGAGGAUGACCGGACACCAAGACACUGGCAGCUGGUACUGGGAAAACACCAUCUUAAGCAGCACGAUUCCCACCAAGUCACUGUUGACAUCGCUAAGAUCAUGGUACAUGAACAUUAUGACCCCGACGCCACGAGCAAUGAUAUCACACUUCUAAAGCUGGCCACACCUGUUCACCUCAAUGAUUAUGUCAACGUAGCUUGUUUGCCGGCCGUGCCGGUCAGAGACAACCAGGAAUGUUACACCACAGGAUUUGGUGAUGUUCUAGGAACCUGUUGUGCUGAUGUUUUGAAACAGGCUGCUUUGCCCAUCGUCAAUAUCAACACCUGCAACAGCUCAAGCUACCUGGACGGUCAAGUGUUAGAUACAAUGAUCUGCGCUGGGUACUCCAAAGGCGGGCACGACUCGUGUCAGGGUGACAGUGGUGGUCCACUGGUAUGUAAUAAUGGCGGACAAUGGCAGCUAGAAGGAAUCGUUUCUUGGGGAAUAGGUUGUGGAGAUCCUAACCAACCCGGUGUGUACACACGGGUAUUUAAGUAUGUGCAGUGGGUACGGGAACACAUAGCAGCUAAUUCCUAA